CACAGUGGAAGUCUAUCGAAGCAAAGCACGCGUCUCCACUCUCCAGCAGUCCGGCGCAGCUUCCGUUCCCCCGCCGUAGUUCGACCAGGCGGCCGGAGCGCGACGCGCUCGUGGUUUGCAGCAUGUCGGCGCAGGCGGGUACAGGGACGUACUCCCCGGCGGUGGCCGCAGGGGACAAGCGGCGGGAGAGGAAGGAGGAGCUGCGGCGCCACCUCGUCGAGGACGCCGACUGGCCCCGGGCCGACGGCCGCUCCUUCCACGACUGCCGGCCAGCGUUUAUGCAGACAGGACCAACUACUGCUGCAUCAGGGUCUGCUUAUGCGGAAUUUGGGAAGACAAAGGUCAUUGUAUCGGUGUUUGGACCAAGGGAAAGUAAAAAAGCAAUGAUGUACAGUGAUAUUGGUAGGCUCAAUUGCAAUGUUAGCUAUACAACCUUUGCCACUCCAGUGCGUGGACAGGGAGCAGACAACAAAGAGUACUCAUCAAUGCUUUAUAAAGCUUUGGAAGGCGCAGUAAUGCUACACACUUUUCCAAAGACCACUGUUGAUGUUUUUGCCUUGGUUCUUGAGUCUGGCGGCAGUGAUCUUCCCAUCAUUAUAUCAUGCGCUAGUCUUGCACUGGCAGAUGCUGGAAUCAUGAUGUAUGACCUUGUUACAUCUGUAUCCGUGUCCUGUUUUGGUAAGAACAUCAUCAUCGACCCAACCUCAGACGAGGAAGCAUGGCAAGAUGGAAGCCUUGUGGUUGCUUUCAUGCCAGCCCGCAAGGAGAUCACACAACUCACGCUCACCGGAGAGUGGAGUGAUGGCAGAAUAACCAAUGCAGUAGAGCUCUGUAUGGAUGCUUGCAGUAAGCUCGGUGACAUAUUGCGUGACCACUUGAAAGAUACCGCCACCUUGACGAGUGAAUGAUGUGGCAGAGACAACACUUGCAACAACAGAUAUCCUUAGCUGUACAAAAUCUGUAGGCAAGGGAGGCUUGUUGGCCUGAUGUUUGAGUAAGCAUGCAUGGUUGUCUCCUUCAUGGCAAAAGGGUGAACUGUCAAGCUGGGGAGAAAUUGCAGGGCAGUGUGUAUUUGCCAUGUAACAUCUCCUGACUUCUGACCUUUAGCUUCAUGUAGCAUCUGUAUCUUGCUUUUUUCUGCUUACUGUAAUAUUCCUUGCUCUACAAUGACCUGCAUUCUUUUGAUACUGCCCUUAAUUUUUGGUUCGAGUGAGAAAAACAUUUUGAGCCGCUCUGAGAUUUUUACCCA